AUGAGAUUAUAUGUUUUCACCUUCCCCAUCAUGCGUGACCAGCUCAUCGCCAACACAAUCCUUGUCGCACUCGCUACCCUCAUGGUAAUAUUGCGUGGGGUCUCCCGACGAAUCUGA